AUGGCUGAUGUUGGCGGUUGUCGUGUGAUGGGGGGGAAGAAGAAGAUGAAGAGAUGGAAGAGCGAAGCAGCGAGAGGCGACGCAAGGCAGUCCGUGGAGGGCGCUGGCAAGUGGGCCGUGUUUCCAGUCGUUACGGCGUUUGUUACGUGGUUGCAUUACACGCUUAGCCCUGUUGGGACGGGAGGAGUUCCCCGAUCCGGCUUAGCCCGAACCAGAAUGGGCGCGAGAUGUCAUGUCGGACGGACUGAGUUACACCGCGGGGACCUGGUCAGAGAGAGUUUUCGGGAAUCUUCCUCCCGUAGCAUGCCUUUUCGCCUCCUCGAUGAGAGCCAAGCAUCAAGGAUUCCAGAGAACAGCCACAAUCAACCCAGGGAAUCAGAUUUGUUUCGCCCAAAAAACAACCAUCAAUUGUGUGAGAGUGUCAAUAAGACGGCCGCAAUAAAGCGCUCUGGCCUGGUGAAAGCACGGUGGUUUGUUUCCAAUCUCCCCUUGGCAAAAACGCUUGUUGGUCGUUGGUUGAUCCGCAGCAGCCCGAUCGACACCCAAAAAGAAACUAUCUCGGCGACCUGCAAAUCUCCCUGUCCGGCUGUGUCAGCUUUGAAACAACGCAGUUUGGGUCUUUUGUUCACUCCUCUGCUUGAAUGGUUCUUCAACUACCGAUCCUCUACAGGUUACUCUGCAAAAGGAAAAAGGAAGGGGAAAAAAAAAAACAAAGCAAAGGGCAAAGGACAAAAAGCAUUGUUUGUCUUCAAGUCAUUUGAUGGCUGUGAAUACUCCGUACUAUUCCUCCAUACGGAGUCCGGAGUAACUUUACAUCCUGCAUGUCGAAACUCCCAACAGAGACGCUCCCGACACAUUAUUGCGGGGACCCGUAAGGAGCUACAAAAGCGGGGAAUGGACCCUGUGCAUCAUCUUUCGAAGUGGGACACGUCAAAGGGAGCGUGCAAUCGCCUUCUCCUUGUCUUCCUCGAUCCAUUGCUGAUGGAGCACACUUACAUAAUACAACCGAUUCCGCUGAAGAAGUUCUAUUUAUAUCAGAGUGCGAAGCCAUGGAAUAUUCCAUUCCUAUUUGGUGGCUCCGUAUACCGAUCCAGGGGUGCUGCUCAAGCCUUCGAUUCGCCAACCAUCGAUGCUGGGUGUUGGAAGGUGUUGAUUCUCGCCUCGCCCGGUGGGCCGAAGCUUUGUGAGUCCGCACAGCCGCAAAAGAUUCGAGACGGUCAAGAGGACCCUCCGUCCACCGACAAUUUGUCAAUGAGCCUACGGGUUCCUAAGGUUGGGGAGAACAAGGUGUCACAGAACAACAAUUUUGUCUUAAUGAUACGCUGGCUAACAACUUCAACUACUUCGAAAAUGGUUGGUAAUGCAGUGGGAUCUGUGCUUCGCCUAGGCCGGGCCCGCCGUGCUAUUGCCCUGCUCGUAUCCAUGGAUUCCAAAACCCGGUGUCACUAG